GUAAAGAGUUCCUGAUUAAUUAGAUAACAGAGCAAAUUACUUCUGAUAUCGAAACGAAAUGAGUGAUAAUGUGCUUCGAACGCAUGAAAUGACACACCGUUUUAUAAUUGAAAGCAGACCUUUCAGAUAUGAUGUCCGUCCUCAGAGCAUUUGGUUUGCCUGUUUAUUCAAAAAAGAACAAGCCAUUGAGGAUAAUUAUAAUAAUCGCAUUUUUACCGCGGGCUCAAAUAAGGGGAUCUUAUUUUAUAACAAACGGAAUGAGUUACGUAAUAUAUAUCAUGUUAAGAUUUAUUAACAAAAGUGCAGUUCGUACUGCCUUCAGUUAGUUAUGGCGUGUAAAAGCGUUGUGUUAUUUUUCCUGUUCCAGAUUACCACCGUAUUCUCUUCCGAAGAAACAGCUGCAUUUUCUCGUUCAUUACAUUUCACAACGCGGGAAAAUAAGCAGCUUAAGGGAUACGUUGUCAAACGGUUUGAUUCUCCCAGUUUGUUAUCGUGCGACCAACAAUGUAUGAGGAACGCUUGGUGUACUUCUACAAACUACAAGAUGUCAUCCAAGAAGGGCGGCAAAGGAACUUGUGAACUGAACAAGCACGACAUCUCACUCAUCAACGAAAACGCCAACUUUCACGAUCAACAGGGAGCCACUUUCUCUAUGCUGCUGACUCCUUGUGAUGUCAAUCCGUGCAUGAACGGAGGGACCUGUUAUCCAGCAGAGGGAAAGUACGACUUCAAAUGCGCAUGCGCGUCAGCUUUCAGUGGAAAAACGUGCGCUAAGGCGUACAAGAGCUGCGCGGAGCUGUUCGACGCUGGUUUCACCGAAGAUGGUGUCUACCAAAUCCUGAGUGACAAGUCCGAAAUAAUUAAUAUCUACUGUGACCAGUCCAGCUGGGGAGGAGGCUGGACCAUGGUAUUCAAGCUCGUGUCUGGUGUCUCCGCUGACAUAUAUCAACUGUGGACGUCAGCAGAUUCUUUGAACGAGAACAAAACAGAAGCACUGAACGUCAAUUCCUCAUUUAAAGGACAUUAUAAAAACCACUUUGUACAAAACUGGCAAACCGCCAAUCCUAAGGAGGCGCGAGUGGCAUUGUACAACAUUAAUGACUCCAAAGCGGAAAUUCUUUCCCUGGUUUUCAACGCUACUAAGUCCAGCAAGUUAAACUGGUUUUCUAGAGAUCGUCUAACUCACUCACCCUGGCCUGACCUAUAUACUGGAAGGAUUCGUGGCUUCGAUCUUCAAGGGUGCUGUGGCAGAAAUUUCUACAUUUUUAGGCGGCAAGGCGGCUGCCCCAAUGAUUAUGGAUGGCUUGUAGUAACUUCCAAUAAUUGUGCCUGGGAGACUCGCUUCCCUUCAAGAACAGUCCUUUACAGUAACCGCACAACCGUCAUACACUGGAACGAGUAUGGAAAUGUUGGAAGAGCAAAUACUUUGCUAGUGUAUAUUCGCUGAAGCAAGUGUUGCCGACAAAAUAAGUUCAUUGGACGAUUCGUGUUAUUGGAAAAAAAUAUAUGGCUGCGACAGAGCUGGACUACAGAGAUGACUCAACUGCUGAGAGCUACAAAAAAAAUCCAACAUUGCAGCAGAAAUGAUAAUCUAAACCCAAACCCGAGUCUGAAAAGUAAACUGUAGACGCAGUAGAGCGAAAAAUUGUUUUUUAUACCAUGCAACAGGAAAAUUCCGCCAAUCAGAAUGCAGGAAAGCCGUUGCAUAUUCGACGGCAUUACAUCCAACCUUCCCAUCAUGCUCCGCGCGUAUGU